UUUUUGACUAACACGAUGACUUCUGCUUUAUUACAGGGAGGAGCGCACAAAAUUUUGGAACAAUGUAACUUGCCUCUUACUGGUAAACAGUGUGUGGAUCGUAUCAUUACAGAGAAGGCUGUCUUUGAUGUGGACAAGAAGAACGGGCUAACUUUGAUUGAGAUCGGUGAAGGUCUUACUGUAGAAGACAUCAAAAAAUGCACAGGCAGCGACUUUAAAGUUUCUCCAGACCUUCAGCCUUUACAGCAGAUCAGUGAAUAAGAUUCAUGGAGUCUUCCUUAUCGGUAACCAACUGAAACAACGUUUUCUGAUGGCAAAGCGAAGCGGAAAUUUGUAAUAAGGACUUUUUUUACCAUCACAGAUGAAUUGUUACAGGGGAUGAGGGGGCUGUGUCAUUUAUUAAAACUUUUGAUGAGAAA